ACAUCACCAUUGCCGUCGACCUCACCACUCCUCCAUUGCCAUCGCUGUCAUCAUGCGGAACCUUGCAUUCAAGGCCGGUACACUCGCCCGUGUGUGCUCACGGCAGCAAUUGCCCUCUGUACAUGCCUCGGGCGCUGCCGUCCAGCAAAUCCAGCAGAAGAAAAACGCUUCCUCCUUCGACAACCCCUUCCGUGAGACUCAGACCACAAAGAUACCUAGCUUCGACAAAUAUAGAAACAGUGGAGGAGAGUCGAGCGCGAAGGUCUUUCAGUAUUUCAUGGUGGGAACGAUGGGCGCUGUGACUGCGCUGGGCGCAAAGAACACCGUGCAAGACUUCCUCGUCAACAUGUCCGCAUCAGCAGACGUUUUGGCCAUGGCGAAGGUCGAGCUCGACCUUUCCGCAAUUCCCGAGGGCAAGAAUGUCAUUAUUAAGUGGCGUGGCAAGCCUAUCUUUGUUCGCCACCGUACCGAGGAUGAAAUAAAGGAAGCCGACGAGACAAAGUGGGAAAGUCUGAGAGACCCCCAGCCCGAUUCAGACCGAGUCAAGAAGCCAGAAUGGUUAAUUAUGUUGGGUGUAUGCACUCACUUGGGUUGUGUGCCCAUUGGUGAGGCUGGGGACUUUGGUGGAUGGUUUUGUCCUUGCCACGGUUCGCAUUACGAUAUAUCCGGCCGUAUACGAAAAGGACCUGCUCCUCUCAAUCUCGAAAUCCCUGAAUAUGACUUCCCCGAGGAGGGGACUGUUGUCAUUGGUUAAGAACACAAUUGUAGAUACGGGGUGUACUUAUAGCAACAGAGGAAGAGCGUCUCAUUUGUGCUACUUGAUUCACUGAGGCAUAGAGGUGUUGCGAAAUACAUUUACAAUUUUUGUCAAACGGCCCUGCCGUUGGUUGUUGGGAUAUCAUGAGAUAGACUGUUCGAGACGACAUGAAAGUGACCGGCAGGCACCAUUCCAGCAAUCGCGCAAAUCAGUGCUACACCAGCUAUGUAAAGACUUCACUAACAUACUACCUCUGAUCAACUGACUAGUGGUGUGCUUUCUUCCUCACGGGUCUUGCCGAGUAAAAUUUCGGAUUCAACAAUUGAAACACGACCCGUCAUGACAAUCAAUAGUACAAAGAUUUUAGAUGCAAUGCUUACAAUGUUAGCCGGGCUCUC